AUGGCAGCAAUCAACAAAGAAUAGGUCGACAUGGAUAAUCCAGCAUUUGCCUAACAAGAUCCACAUCUUAAAAUAAAUGAUGAGGAAGAAAUGAGUUUACCACCUCAAUUUAGAAAUCGUUACCCAAGAAGACCACCACUUUUUGAUGGGUUAUUGAAUAAUGUUAGGGCUGUUACAAAAAAAGUAGAACAUAUCAAAGGAUUUAAAUUCGAAGUAGCAGGAGGAUUAUCAAAUAAUUUUCAUUUAGCUCAUUCCUGGAUGAUUCCUCCUUCAAGCAAAGGCAAGGCCCCUAACCCUAAUCCCAUGAAAUAACCCCCUGUUCCAAGCUACACUCUAGCUGCUCAAUAUUUAGGAGGAGAGCUAAGGACUCCAUUUGAUCAACCAUCCUAUAUCAUGACUGGCAGAUGGGACUCUACCGGCAAAUUGGAAGCUGCCAUCAUAAAGAAAUUGAAUGAAACAUUUAAUUUUAGAUUCAGCGCCUUCUAUUUAGAUUCUAGUCCUAACAACGCCUAGGUCCAUUUGGAUUGCGACAUUUCUGGAGAGGAUUAUGUUCAUUCAAUUAAAUUGGGUACAGGAUUGUACAGUUUCAAUAUGAUGUAAACAAUUGGUAAGAGACUGGUUCUAGGGUAUGAGAUGAUGACAUUGACUGAAAGGAAUAUGUCCUUGAUGAGUUAUGCUUUCAAAUUCGGAAUCAAUCCAAAGUAGAAUUUGUAUGCCUAAUAUGUGGGAGCUGCUGAUUAAUUAAUUUUAGCCUACAAUCACAGAAUUUUGGAUAAAGCCUAUUUUAUGUCUGAACUAGAGUAUUCCAAUUAAACUGGAGAAUCUAGAACUAUACUUGGUUACAGAUAAAAGUUUGCAACAUCAGAAGUCAUCAUCACUAUCAAUUCAAAAAUGAAGUUCAGCUCAAAUUUAACCUUGUAAGGAUUUGCCUAUCAAUUAAAAUUAUGUGCUAUUGCAGAUUACAAUAAGGAUUCUUAUAAGUUCGGUUACGGUAUUGCAAUGGGUUAAGUUUGAUAAUUAGUAUAUAAAAAAAGUAUAUAUAUAGUGUUAGCUAAACUGUUUAUAAUGAUAUAAAUAAAA